AAUUAAUUUCGCGGAAAAUGGAAUCUGAAAUGUACGAAAACCAAUCCCCAAAUACCAACAUAAAGAGCUUAAAUCCUUUGGUGACAAAAGCUGAGAACAACUCAGCUACGAAAGAUGCUGAAAUGGGAAUUGAAAAGAGAGAUAUUAAACAAGAGAUAUGUGAGCAAAUAGAGUUCUAUUUCUCCUACCCCAACCUUUACCACGACACUUUCUUGAGGAAACUCAUCUUAAAGAAUCCUGAACAGAAGAUUGAAAUCGAGACCUUACUGAGUUUCAACAAAAUAAAGGAACUCUUUAUCGAAUCUCAGCUUGAAUCCCAGAAUCAGUUGGAGGACUCACCAGAGAGUCAGACAGAAUUUCUUUUGACCUGAAUCCAGAACUCAAAGCUAGUAAAGCAUACAAAAGACAAAAAGGGAGUCAAGCCAAAAAUGAAGUACUAUCCUAAAACUGCUAAUGAGAGAUUACAGUUCAUAAUCUGAAUCGAGGGUGACCUCCCUGAUAGAGCAGACCUUAGAGGAGAGUUCAAGAAGUAUGGGAAAUACGAUGGAUUUUACAUUAAAUCCCUUGAUCCUAAGGCUCAUCUAAUUUAUGUUGGGUUCAUUAAGCCAAGAUACAGGAAAAGGUUCAUGAAGGAAUUUGAGAACAUCAGCAUCUUUGAUCAUAGCAAAACUCGUAUAGUUCCUAUAAGAGAAGCAGCUGUCUUGAAGAAGGAGUUGAAAUCUAACAUCCAGAAGCUGAGAGACCUGAAUGAGGAUACUAAGGUCUGAGAUAACGAGGAGAUCAUUACACCUGAAGUUUUUCUCUGAAUCAAAAAUAUACCAGAGGGGUAUGAAAAGACAAACUUGUAUAAUCUCUUUAAAGAAAUCAAGCCAAAAUACAUAGAUUACCAGAAUGAUGGGAAGGCUGUCGUUAGAUUUAUAAAUCCUGAUCAAAAGCAGAAAUUUUUGCAGCAAAAUCCUGAGUCGUGCUUUUAUCUCCCGUUAGAGUAUUCAAAGGCAGCUCCAGACUCGCAGCUCGAAAUGAAUAACCAUAUUGUGCUUCCUUUUGAAGAGGUCGAGUCAGAAGAAGCUGAAAGAAUCAUUGAUGCCAUCAAGGCUAAAAGAGCAGAGUUAGAAGAAGCAGAAUGAAUCCCUGGCUAUAAAAGCUAUUCUAAGUAUGUAUGUAGAGCUAAGAAGACACAAGGAAAGAAGAGACACCACAAAGCCACAAAAACAUAAAAUCAUC